CACGUCUGUACACAGUCCAGUUGAACAGUGUACAACAGACCGAAGUAGUGAAUGUUGAACUGAUCAAAGAACUGUCUGAAGAACAGCAGUGCCAACAAGAGAACUGUAGUACAGACUCUAAAACUGACUGCAGUAUUUAAUGUAGUACAAACUAAAUACUAAACUUCGAUACUAAAAGAGUGUAGUUAAUUUACUGCAGGAGCAAUGGACUCAACAACGCCCCCUGGCCUGUCUUUGGUCUCAGUCUGUUCGCUGUUAGCUUGUAGCCUCCAGGUGUUGGCAGCUGCCAUGCUCACACACAGGUUUGGGGGGCAGAGCUCGGUGACGGACAGGUGGAUCCUACUGUGGCUUUUUUAUGAUGUCAUCGUCCACCUGACACUGGAAGGACCAUUUGUUUACAUGUCUCUUGUUGGUACAGUGCAGACGUCUGAAGGUCCUUUAGCAGAGCUCUGUGAGUAUUACGGUAAAGCAGACAGUCGUUGGUUAGUUUCUGACUCAACCAUCGUUUCCAUUGAGAUUCUGACAGUGGUCGUCUGUUCUCUGAUUGGAAUCUUUCUAAUUUACGCAGUUCUGACUCAAAAGUUCUACAGACACUACCUGCAGGUGGUGCUGUGUGUGUGUGAGCUUUAUGGAGGCUGGAUGACCUUCUGUCCUGAUUGGCUGGAGGGCAGUCCACACCUGGACACGGCUCACUGGCUCUACCUGUGGGUCUACUUGGUCUUCUUCAAUGGACUGUGGGUGCUAAUCCCGCUGUUGCUGCUCGUCCAAUCCUGGUUCAGCCUAAAGAGGUUGCACAGUGAUGCCACAGGCAUAGACAAGUACAAGUAAUCAGUUCUCAACAUGUACUAAUCAAUAAAUAAAGUUUCCCAUUUCCCCCCAAA